AUGAACGUUCAACAUGUAUUCCAACAAAACCUGCGCCGCCUCACUCGCCGCUUCUCCCUCCUGCGGCGCCUCUCCCUGACCACGACCAUCAUCACCUUGGUCUGGCUAUAUGUGAUACACACCGGAGAGCGAUCCACCUAUUCUUCACACAUCAAUGCUUGUCAAUGGAAUCAAUGGGAGAAAUGGCCGGCAGAAGCGACACCGCAUCGCUUGGUGAUGGUCGCGGACCCUCAGCUGGUUGAUCCCCACACAUACCCAGGCCGUCCAUGGCCGCUGUCAAGCCUCACGGAGACGUACACCGACUUGUACAUGGCCAGGAACUUCCGACUCAUCAAUAUCGACCUGGAUCCGGACAGUAUAGUCUUCUUGGGGGAUCUCUUCGAUGGAGGACGAGAGUGGGCUACGAGCCGGGCACGGUACCUUAGGGAUUACCAGAGGGAUCAUUUGGUGCAGUUGGRCAUAUUGAACGAGGCCGAAAGAGAAGGCACACGUAUGCUGAGUAAUGGCGACGGGAAGAAGGUCGACUUGAAAGACUAUGUGCAUGGAGAAAAGGGGAGAUGGAAGAAAUACCAGCAGCGGCAGUGGAAUGCCGAGUACGCGCGAUUCGGGAAGAUAUUCUUCGCACCGGAGCAGCUGUAUCCGCUUGCUGACAGGGAGCUACUCCCCGCCUAUGAUGCGCCUGAAGACCCGGUGGCCAUCGCGAACGGAGCAGCGGCUGUGGCCUGGCAAGAGUAUGCCACUGUAGGAGGGAAGCAGAAGAGAGUCGUGACCAGCUUGUCUGGUAAUCACGAUGUGGGCUUUGGAUCGGGAGUGCAGGUUGCUGUGAGAGAUCGCUUCGAGGCACAUUUCGGGGAAACGAACAGUGUCUAUGUGCUUGGAAACCACACCUUCGUCAACCUGGACACACCGUCUCUAUCAGCCUAUGAAGAGUACAACAAAGACUACACGGAAAGGUCAAGGGCGGACUUGGCGCACAUCUGGAAACCCGCAAGUGACUUUCUAGAUACACUGGACAAAAGUGGCUCGCGAGUUGCAGCAGAGGCUUUGAACGAUUUCUUUCCCGGCGCGCAUCGAGUCCAGAGCUUUCGCCACGAGGUCACGGACUCUAAAGAUGCCCUUCCUCAUCCGUCGAUGGAAUCAUCAAGGAAGAAGCCACAGCUUCCUGUCGUCCUCCUCACCCAUGUCCCGCUCUCUCGCGCAGAGGAUGCUGACUGUGGUCCUCACCGAGAGCGUGGUCGUUCCAUUCCCAUCGCUCUCGGCUAUCAAUACCAGAACGUGGUAACACCUGGGUUGACUACAACGAUUGCACAGAAAGUUGGGGCCGCAGGAGAGAUUGUGCAUGUCUUUUCUGGAGACGAUCACGACUAUUGUGAUUUGAUGCAUCGCUUCAAUGUUGAUCAAAAGUCAAAAGGCUCAUCCAAAAGUUGGAUCGGCAUUUCCAACGUGCGAGAGAUAACACUCAAGAGCUUCAGCUGGGCGAUGGGUGUGCGGAAACCUGCAUUCCAGCUUGUGUCCUUGUGGAAUCCCGUGGAUUCUUCUGGUAACACGAUUGGGGGUGCGYAAACGACCAUCCAGAGCCACUUGUGUCUUUUGCCCGACCAGCUGGGCAUAUUCAUCAACUACGCCUCACUUCUUGUAUUGACCGCCGUGGUUUUGCUUGUCCGCGGAGUGAUCCUGGCACUUCGCAAGCCCAAGCCUGCGGAUGUGGAGGACGAGGAUGAUUUCGUUGAAGAAGCCGAGAAGUUCGCGUUACCGCGCUUCGCACAUUCACGCUCUCCCAGUCCCCUUCCCCUGCCACAACCAAACGGUCGUGCAAACGGCUAUUCUAGCCCUAACAAAGUCCCCACGAAUGAAUCCAAGGGACGCCAGCGCGCGAGUUCGACGAGUACCUCACACGGGAGUAACAGUACCAAUAAUCAAAAUCUCAGCGUACAGCGCAGCUACAAUGCGAGAACAAGAAGUGUCAGUCCAGCUUUGAAUGGCAACGGCGGCGGCUAUGGCCUCCCAGCAGGCCAACUCACCGAAAAAGCCGGGUUCCUCCCGUCUAUCAAGUGGCAGGAUCCCGACGAGGACAGCGAUGAAGAAUCGCACGUCGGGUCUCAUUAUGACUUUGGUGRUGCAUGGGACGACAGUCAAGCCAAGGGCACCAAAUUCAAGAAAAAGAAGACCAUUGGCCAAGCCAGAAUGGCCGUCAUGUGGUUUCUGGAGGGAAUCGCUACAGUUGCAAUUCCUGCUGGUCUAUUCUAUGGUUGGAUGAUACGGAAUGGCUGA